CGUUCCCCUGGAGUGGAUCUGUCAUUUUCAGAUUCCGUGGGUAACUUUCAGCCCUCGUGACAGACAGCAGCCUGGCCUCUGGUUCAGAACGAGGAUGCUGCAGGAGCCGGCCAGGCAGCAAACAUCCACACGCCCCCUCCGCCUGCCUGAUCCCAAAGGAUGCUCUCGCCACAUUUCAGCGAGUCGGGGGUGGAGUGGCAGAUCCCGCCUGUUACUCCAUCUGUGCCUUCUGACAUGCCCCUCCGAGUCAUGGCGGCCGAGAACCAGUCCCCACUGAGCUCAAGUCGGGGACGAUGACCCCCCUGGUCACAUGGAUGCUGGCUGCGGCUUCUCGGUUCUCUGACCGGAUCAGUGGCGGGUGCCGUGGCCGACGUGAACUCAUUAGCCCUCGCUCCAACCCUGUGAGGUUGAGAUCUCCUCUCCAUUAAACGUGAGGCCAGACCCCAGAAGGGUCAGUAAGAGACCUGCCAUCCAUCUCAUGACCGUGCAAUGGCAGAGCCGCGGGUCUAUCAAUUUUCAGUGUCAGCUGGGGGAGGUUCCCAAGUGCGAGUGUCAUACUCACAGAUCCAAAAGUUAGAAUCACCAGUUCAAGAAGAAAUGGGCGAAAUCCCGUCAGACCUGUGUGCAGGCGUCCUUGCUGUGUUUACGGCGGGCCCAGGGUCUGGACAUCCUCUGACAGAGCUGGUGACCUUCCAGGAUGUGGCCGUAGACUUCUCGCAGGAAGAGUGGGAGCUGCUGGCCCCGGCUCAGAGGACACUCUACAGAGAGGUCAUGCUGGAGACCUGCAGGAACCUGGCCUCCCUGGAAGACUUGAAGAACCUGAUUCCUGAAUCAGGUGCUGAGGAUGGUACCUCUUCCCCAGUACAAACCUCUCGAGUCACCCCUCUCUCUCCGUGGACUGCAUAUUCACUCUUUCAACCAGUGGUAUCUUUCCACUUGGAACAAGGAGAAGCCAUGUGGAUGGGAGAAAAAGGGAUUCCCCAAGCUUCUUGUCCAGGUUGGGAGAACAGACCGGAAAACCAUGAGUCAAUUUACAAGAAGGUGGUUUGGCGGGAAGAACCGCCUGGUGGUAUGAACAUCAUAAAGCUCCCCAGAGAAGGCUGGGGAUGUGGUCGACUUGAGGAGAAUCAGGAAGACCCCCAGAGGCUUUUGAGGCGAAUGGCGUACAUCCACGUGAAGGCAUUUGCUCAGGAGAGCGCUACUGCGCAGUACGAAUUUGGGGAAAACUAUAAUCGGAGCUCAGACCCUGUUUUAUCCCAGGGAGGUUCUGUAGGAAAACAUUUCCAAAACUGUGACCUAGAUAUUGAGAAUCUGGUAGCUGAUCCAUUCUUAAACCAUCCUCAGAGGGGAUAUACAGACCGGAGAUCCUGUGAAAGUAACGAAUGUGGAAAAGACCUCGGCCAAAAUGGUCCCAUCGUUCAACACAAAAGAACUCAAAGAGGGGAGAAAACGUCGGCAUACGAGGAAAGUGGGAAAUCAUUUAAUCGCGGCAUGGCUCUUACGAUACACAACAAAAUUAACACAGUGGAGAAGCCCUUUGAAUGUCGCCAGUGUGGGAAAGUGUUCAACCGGAGGCAUUCUCUGAGUGAGCACCAGAGAAUUCAUACGGGCGAGAGACCGUACGAGUGUCAGGAGUGUGGGAGGGCCUUCACGCACAGCUCCACCCUCACCCGACAUCUGAGGACUCACACGGGAGAGAAGCCGUACGCGUGCAGUGAGUGUGGGAAAGCUUUCAACAGGAUCUCGUCUCUUACCCAACAUCAGAGGAUCCACACGGGGGAGAAGCCCUAUAAAUGCGAAGACUGCGGGAAAUCCUUCUGCCAGAGUUCUUACCUGAUCUUACACAGGAGGACGCACACGGGCGAGAAGCCCUACGAGUGUCACGAGUGUGGAAAGGCCUUCAGCGACCGGUCGUCUCUUAACCAGCACGAGCGAACUCACACGGGCGAGAACCCCUAUGACUGUCGUCAGUGUGGGAGAGCCUUCAGCCAGAGGUCCUCCCUGGUUAGGCACGAGAGGACGCACACUGGAGAGAAGCCGUAUAGCUGUAACGAAUGCGGAAAAGCGUUCAGCCAGAGCUCGUCCCUUGUCACCCAUCAGAAAACUCACACUAGUCAGAAGACCUACAAAAUGAUUGAUUGUGGGAAAGCUUUCUAUCAGAGCAGCCACCUUAUUGGAUUUUAGAGCUUGCUCGCUCCCCCGGAAAGCAUCUUUUAGCGCUCUACCACAUAAAUAUGAUUAGACUUCAUUCUGGUGUACUUCUGGAAAAGCAGUAGGUUUAUGCCACGCUCUCGAAGGAAAGCACUGAGGCCCAGAUCUGAGAAGGGCCUUUUAAUGGGGGAAAUUGCCAUUGAGCGGUACCCGAUGAGCGCCAUCCUCUAGGAAAAGAUCGGGAAAUGCGAACACAAACGUGGAAUGGGGUUUUGCUGAGAAUUAUCACAUGAAUUUAGUGGUUGAAACAAAAGGCAUUCUGUUUGCACUUUUUGUUUCAAAAAUCAAUAUUUUCGUUUCAAUGUCCUGUUUCAAUAUUUUACUUAAUCCGUCCGUCCCUGUUGGUCGCUUAGCUAGGUUCUGACUCGUCUCGCGCACUACAGUGGAAACGCAGGGCGUACGCGAAGAUGGAAAGUGCCUUGGCUGCGCGGUGAAAAAGAAAGAGUGCAAACUGGAAUGUGCAGUUCUAUCAAGUGAAGUCAAAAUAUCCACGUAAAUGGACAAAGGCCAGACAGAGGUGUGGAGACGUGAACAGAGUUUAUUCGUCAGGGUUAUCUGGUUAUUUGUGAUUUUCUGCAUUUUUCUGUUUUGUUUGGUUAUGCUAUAAUCACUCUGACUGUGACUAAAAAACAACCUCAAGGGAUCUCGAGUUUCAUCAACCAGUCAGGGAGGCUUAUGUGUACCAAGAUGGUGGGUAGAACUUGGGACAGGCAGCGGUGGAGCGACCUUUGGUGGCCUGGGAAAAGUCCCAAGUGUGAGAUGUACUUGCCAGAGUAGGGAGCAAGAGCCCUGAUAUGCAUCGGCAUCAUCACCAUCAACAUUUUUUGGGUGCAUACCAUAUUCCAGGUCCCACGCCAGCACUUGUCUUGGGGUAACUAUUUUGUGACAGCAUUUCAUUGUGAAUUAUACCGUGUAUCAUUUUGAAGUGAUCUUUUUGUCUACUUUCCACCUCUGGAUUUUUUUUUUUUUUUGAGGAAGAUUAGCCCUGAGCUAACAUCUGCUGCCAAUCCUCUUUUUUGCUGAGGAAGACUGGC